UCGACGCGCUCCGGACGCGCACGCACCAUGAAGGAGGAGGAGGAGAGCAGCGGAGCGCACUGACGGAGACUCCGGCAAGAGUUGGCGGCAUGUUCACGGCGUCAGGAUGUGAGCUGAACUUGUGGUAGAAUGGCCCCUCAUCUGGCAGGGAUCUCUGAGGGAUGGCAGUUUUUCACCACUACAAUCAGCACCACCACCACCACCACCAUCCGAGCGCGGACCUGCGGCGGCUCUUCCACCGGCUCACCAUCGCGUCCUCUCUGAGCAUCCUCUGCUUCUCCCUGGUCUACCUCCUCACCGGAUGCUGCGAGUCGGAGCUGACGGAGAACUCCGAGAUCAAGUCCCCGGUGCGCGAAUUCCUGGCGUCGGGGUCUGGAUGGCCCCACGAGAGGAACGGGACCGGCGCCGGGGAGGGCGCGCCCGGCAGCGGUCACCCCGGGCUGGAGGGCAACAGCUCGGGGAAAGAGUGGACGGCCACUCGCAGGCUGCCCCAGGCGCUGAUCAUCGGGGUUAAAAAGGGCGGCACCAGGGCUCUGCUGGAGUUUCUGCGGCUCCAUCCGGACAUCCGCGCCCUGGGGUCCGAGCCGCACUUCUUCGACCGGCAUUACGCACGAGGACUGGACUGGUACAGGAGCAUGAUGCCCAAAGCCCUGGACGGCCAGAUCGUGAUGGAGAAGACGCCUCGAUACUUCGUCACCGUGGAAACGCCGGCGCGGGUCCACGCCAUGUCGCGGGACGUGAAGCUGAUCGUGGUCGUGCGGGAUCCGGUGACCCGAGCCAUAUCGGACUACACGCAGAUCAUCUCCAAGACUCCGGACAUUCCGUCCUUCGAGAGCCUGGCCUUCAAGAACCGGACCACAGGUCAGAUCGACUCCCUGUGGAGCCCCCUGUGGAUUGGCCUGUACGCCCAGCACAUGGAGCGGUGGCUGGCCUGGUUCCCCAGGACUCAGAUCCAUCUGGUCAGCGGCGAGCGCCUCAUCUCCGACCCGGCCGGGGAACUGGGCAAAGUCCAGGACUUUCUGGGCCUCCAGAGGAUCGUCACCGACAAGCACUUCUACUUCAACAAGACGAAGGGCUUCCCCUGCCUGAAGAAGCCGGAGGGCAGCAGCAAACCCCACUGCCUGGGGAAAACGAAAGGGAGGACGCACGCCUCCAUCGACCCCGACGUGAUGCAGAAACUCAGAGAAUUCUACAAGCCUCACAACCAGCGCUUCUAUCAGAUGGCGGGACAGAACUUCGGAUGGCAGUGACCCUUUAAUCGUGUGGAACGGGAGGAUUUUUUUUCGUCUUCUCUUGGCUCGGCUUUGGGCAGAAGCCUGUGCAAAUGCGCCGUCUGAUUGAGACAGAUGCAGCGGCUCAGAGCGCACAAAAGAGAACCAAUUAUCUGCUUUCUGAGCAGCCGAGCGGCGUCCCAGAGACUUGGUAAUGAAACUCCAGUGUCAAUACGUUCAACUCCAACCAUCAAUCAUCUCGUUUCAAGUGUUUGAAAGACAGUCGCGUCCUUUUUUUGUAUAUCGUAGGUGUUCAGUCCGGACGGGUAAACAAACCAUUCUCUGUGCAAAAGGUGCUCUUAAGUACGUGGUUGCUGUAUAUCGCAGCUGUGUAGCUUUUAGUGUGUGUGAGCGUGUGUGUGUGUGUGUGUGUGUGGAGGGGGGUUAAUCCUGACACUCAGUAGUCUGUAGUGGCACAAGGAACUCAAGUAACAUCUUCACGCCCUCAGAUUUCCACGACUUUCCCCUUCGCUGUCCUUUCUAAGUGGUUAAGAAUUUAAGGGCAAUCAACGCAUACAUAUUGAGCACUGUCCUCCGAGCAGG